CUUUGCGUCGGAAUGUACCAUUCUGCCAACACACCGGGAAGGAUUUUGUUGUGACAGCGGAGUAACAACCCGGCGGGGGCAGACGGUAACAACUUAGGUUUUUUCACCUUGGAUCAACAAUGGCCUUCAGCAAGGGAUAUCGUAUUUACCACAAGCUGGAUCCACCCCCCUAUAGUGUCAUAGUGGAAACUAGGACCAGAGAAGAAUGCCUCAUGUUUGAAUCAGGGGCUGUUGCUGUCCUGUCGGCGGCAGAGAAGGAUGCCAUUAAAAACUCAUAUUCCAGGAUUGUUGAUGCCUAUGGCAUCCUGGGAGUCCUCCGCCUAAACCUAGGCGACUCCAUGCUCCACAGUCUGGUGGUUGUGACAGGAUGCAGCUCUGUAGGGAAGGUGCAAGAUUCUGAGGUUUUCAGGGUCACACAGACAGACUUUAUAUCGCUGAAGAAUGACCCAGGAGAUGAGGAGCGCAUCUCUGAGGUGCGAAAGGUCCUGAACUCAGGACACUUCUACUUUGCGUGGUCUGCCACUGGAGUCAGCAUGGACUUAAGUCUCAAUGCACAUCGCAGGAUCCUAGAAGACACCACAGAUAACCGCUUCUUCUGGAACCAAUCUCUGCACCUGCAUCUGAAACACUACGGAGUGAACUGUGAUGACUGGCUGUUGAGGCUGAUGUGUGGUGGUGUGGAGAUCAGGACCAUCUAUGCAGGACACAAACAGGCCAAGGCCUGCAUCUUCUCGCGCCUCAGCUCAGAGCGAGCCGGCACGCGAUUCAACGUCAGAGGAACAAAUGACGAUGGGCAGGUGGCCAACUUUGUGGAGACUGAACAGGUCAUUUUCCUGGAUGACAAAGUAUCAUCCUUCAUACAGAUCCGUGGGUCCAUUCCUCUUUUCUGGGAACAGCCAGGAAUCCAGAAAAAGUCCAUUAAGGGUGUUUUAUUGCACCUGAAUGAGAAUCGGCACCCUAAUGGGAUGGAUGAGAACCCCCACCUGGUCGGAUCUCAUCGUGUCAAACUCUCAAGGGGAUUUGAGGCAAACGCGCCAGCAUUUGAGAGACACUUCACUGCACUGCGGAGGUUGUAUGGUAAACAGGUGAUCAUCAAUCUGCUUGGGAGUAAGGAAGGGGAACACAUGCUCAGCAAAGCGUUUCAGAGUCAUCUCAAAGCAUCAGAGCAUGCUGCAGCAGUGAAAAUGGUGAACUUUGACUACCAUCAAAACGUGAAAGGGGGCAAGGCAGACAAACUCCACAGUGUCCUAAAACCCUACCUCAGCAAGUUCCUAGAAGAGUGUGGGUUCUUCUACUACUCUGGAGAGACAGGCAUCACAAAGACUCAGGGUGGGACCAUUAGGACCAACUGCCUGGACUGUCUUGAUAGAACCAAUAGUGUUCAAGCUUUUUUCGCUCUUGAGAUGCUGCCGAAGCAGCUGGAGGAAAUGAGUCUGACGGAGAAACCCCAGCUGGUGGCCAGGUUCCAGGAGGUGUUUAGGACCAUGUGGUCUGCCAAUGGAGACUACAUCAGUAAGAUCUACGCAGGCACUGGCGCCCUGGAUGGCAAGGCCAAGGCGGGAAAGCUGAAAGAUGGCGCUCGUUCUGUGACAAGGACCAUCCAGAACAACUUCUUUGACAGUUCCAAGCAGGAGGCUAUAGACAUCCUGAGGCUGGGCUCCACACUCAACAGUGACUUGGCAGACAAAGCUCGGGCCUUGCUCACCACCUCCAGUCUUUACAUCACUGAGCCCGUCUUACAAUCAGCCUCCCCAAGAGUAUUGCUGGGAAUGUGUCAGAACCACCAUAAAUAUACGAGGCCAAAGCAGAUCCGAGUGUGUGUCGGCACCUGGAAUGUCAACGGUGGUAAACAGUUUCGCAGCAUUGCUUUCCGCAACCAGACACUUAACGACUGGCUGUUAGAUGCCCCGAAGAAGGCAGGGCAUCCUGAGUUCCAGGACAGCAAAGCCAACCCCAUUGAUAUCUUUGCCAUCGGUUUUGAGGAAAUGGUUGAACUGAAUGCUGGGAAUAUUGUUAGUGCAAGCACUACAAACCAGAAACUAUGGGCAGCAGAGCUACAAAAAAACAUAUCGCGGGACCACAAGUAUGUGCUGCUUGCUUCAGAGCAGCUGGUGGGCGUGUGUCUGUUUGUUUUCAUCCGCCCACAGCACGCACCCUUCAUCAGGGAUGUUGCCGUGGAUACUGUAAAAACUGGGAUGGGCGGGGCUACAGGCAAUAAAGGAGGUGUGGCCAUCCGCCUGCUCUUCCACACCACCAGCAUCUGCUUCGUCUGCUCCCACUUUGCUGCUGGCCAGUCACAGGUCAAGGAGCGGAACGACGACUACAGUGAGAUCACCCGCAGACUCAGCUUCCCCAUGGGUCGUCUGCUAUACUCCCAUGACUACGUCUUCUGGUGCGGAGACUUUAACUAUCGAAUCAGCCUGCCCAACGAGGAAGUGAAAGAGCUCAUCAGACAACAGAACUGGGAUGCGUUGACAGCAGGGGACCAGUUGUUGGACCAGAAGAACGCUGGUUUGGUGUUCCGAGGUUUUAUUGAGGGGAAGUUAGAUUUUGCCCCCACCUAUAAGUAUGACCUCUUCUCAGAAGAUUACGACACCAGUGAGAAGUGCCGCACACCAGCCUGGACUGACCGCAUCCUUUGGAAGAGGAGGAAGUGGAACUUUAACAAAACAGCUGAGGAGAUGAAUGUAGUAGGGGCAGCUUCCACGUCUGGGGAGAAUGAGGGAGAUCCAAACAGCCUCUGGAACCCUGGGACUCUGAAGUACUAUGGUAGAGCUGAGCUUAAGACCUCGGACCACAGGCCCGUAGUGUCUAUAAUAGACGUGGACAUCCUGGAGGUCGACCCAGAGGCACGUCACCAGGUCUACAAAGACGUCAUAGCCCUGCAGGGACCUCCAGACGGCACUAUCCUGGUGUCACUUUGCUCCUCCGGCCCUGACGACUACUUUGACGAUGCACUCAUAGACGAGUUGCUGGACAAGUUUGCUAAUUUUGGAGAAGUCAUCCUCAUCAGGUUCGUUGAGGAGAAGAUGUGGGUGACUUUCUUGGAAGGUUACUCUGCACUUGCUGCUCUCUCUCUCAGUGCUUCGACUGUCCUUGGCAAAGUGAUAGACGUCCGUCUGAAGAGUCCAGGCUGGAUCAAGAGCCUGGAGGAGGAGAUGAGCGUGGAGAGGAUCUGUGGAAGCAUCCCCACCUCAGCCAGCUCCACUCUGCUUGCUGAGGACACAGACAUGGGCGAUGAUGAUUACGAUAUGGAAGGUGAUGUGGACGAGGAGGUUGAGGAGAUCCUCCCCCAGCACCUUCAGCCUGGAGCAGGUUGUGGCCCUGGAUCCUCCCCUCUCCCCUCCCCCCGCAGUAGUCCCUGUCCCUCUCCCACCCACGGAGAACCAACUGCCCCCAGCAGGCCUAGUCGUGGAGCACAACCCAUCCGACCAUCACAUGGACCUCCUGUUGACUUUCAGCCUGGUGCCCCCACAUCUCAAGAGCCCAAACGCCCGCCUCCCCCUCGUCCCCAAGCCCCCCCAGCCAGACCAGCUCCCCCUCAACGACCACCUCCACCUUCAGGUCGAGGCCAGGUAGCAGUUGGAGCUCCCGGACCUGCCGGUGUCCCUAGACCAAAUAUCCCUCCUCGAGCUGGGGUAAUCGGUAUGCCUCCUCAGUCUCGCCCACCACCACCCUCUCACCCUGGAGCACCCAGACCCAUCCCAGAGGUGCAUCCUGGGGCCCCUCGGCCCAUCCCGGACACCCAUCCCGGAGCCCCACGUCCUAUACCCAGUGCCCAAGCUAAACCGACUGACUUACCUCUGGGUCCGUCUCCCUCAGGUCCUCCUCCUCCAGAGCACCCUGCAGGGAGACCCCAGGUCCCAUCACCCAUGCAGCCACCCAUGCAGCCCCAACCAGCUGCCCCUGCAGCUCAGGCCCAACUCCCAGCACCGAUGCAGCCGACACUUCCGGCUCCACUCCAGCCACAGCAGGCUCCUAAAGCCGGGCCGCCUCCCGCCGCCACGGCUGCUGCAGCCCCUGCUGGGCCUCCACAGGGUCUAGCCUCUCCUAAACCCCCGCCACGUUCCCGCUCCUCUCACGCUCUGCCACCGGAUGCUGCCAAGUCUGAGACAUCCCCAGCUGCACAGACUAAUGGACUGAAUGGAAUCCAAAGAGAAGCACAAUGGAAGCCCGACCCCUUCGACACACUCGCUUCUGAGUUCCUCUCGUCCUCCUCAUCCUCCUGGCAAACCACCCAGUCCUUGACCAGAGGCUCCUCGCUGCGUACUCCCCCCUCAGUUCCUGUGUCGAAGACGUCCAGCACUCUCCCUUCAUCCCUCUCUUUCCAGUCCUCCGCUCUGUCAGACCUGCAGGCACUUGAAUCGUCAUCCUCUUCCUCACUUUCCACCCCGUCACCGCUUGCAUCUGCCCUGCUCCCGCCUCCUCCAGUGCCCUCUCGUAGCCGCUCACAUGAGACGCUGCGUGCCUCCCCCGGCCCCGUCCCGAUUGACCCGCUUCCUGCCCGACCCAGCAGCACCAAUCCCUUCACAGGACCACUGGCGCAGCAGCAUCAGCAGCGCCGCGCACUCACCCCAGACUUCAGCAUCCACUGCCCCGCCCCGACGCCAAACAUUCACAGGACCAUGUCUGCUCUUACUCAGCCGCUCAUCCCCACCCCUGCUCCAGCAUCUGCUGCACCCACCUCCCAGCUCCAAAGGACCACGUCCCCGUUUGGACCAUCGUCCACUUUGACUCCUACACCUGCUCCUCUGGCCCCCCUCGCCCCAUCUCCUGUCCCCGCCCUGCCUCUGGCACCACCCUCAUCCCUUCCACCUUCCCUCGCGCCUCGUCGCCAGCCGCCUCCCCCAGGAGGGAAACCAACUCAGCAGUGGGUCACGUUUGAUGACGAUUUGGAUUUCAAACUUCCAAACAAAACACCACAGGCCCCCAUCUUCCCCUCCAGUUCUUUAGUGUCCCAAAGUAAGACUCUGCCCUCCCGCUCUGUGUUUGACUCAGAGCCCGACUGGUUAUCCUCGGCCCCUUCAGCAUUCCCAACUCUCCCUCCCCCCAUCCCAACUAGAACUGUUCCCAGUAACCCAGCUGUCCCAGAGGGAACCAGCGAUAACUGCGUCUUCCCAAGGGAGUCCACAGAAAGAUAGGAUCACUCAUAAUAUGUAAAGGGCAUAUCCAGAUAUGUAUAGAUCUAUGAUAAAUGUGUAUAUGUGUGUGUGUAUGUACAAAAGAGACAGUAUUUAAGAAGUAUAGACCAACCCCCCUUCUGAAUCACAGGAAAGGAUUUAUAUCUCGAUCAGUAACACGAAAAGAGCUUAAAUCUAUGUUCUAACUUUACCACAGAGAUGUUUGCCUGUGCCCUGAUAUUAACAUUUAUUUUAAUAUGAAUCCUUCUGAUGUUUAUUUUUUAUUCAUGGCAGCAAACAUGUGCCUGUGUCUACAGUAUAGAGUUACAUAAAGUACAUCUUUACGCACAAAUCGUGUUUAACCACCUGUGCAAUAUCAAGACAUUUCUGUGUAGUCGUGCAGCACACUGCAUUCGCCUGCAAGGUUCAGUGUUGGCUGGCUGCAUUCACUGACGCACCGUGUUUCAUAUCAAACACUUUGACUGACCUGCACAUCAGAGUGGCAUUCUCAGAGUAGGGGUAAUCUUCUACUUUCUCAGCUCUGUGCAGUAGAAGGCUAUGCACUGCAGGUUGUACAUUUGCUCCCAAAGUAGUUGUUGUUCCGUUCUUUUGUGUCUGCAGGGUGCACAUUGAAAAGUCAUAUUGUGUGCUCGCUUUUAUGAUGAAUGUACUUUAUGUUGCACUGGGUUUUGUCUUCGCUUCCUUGCUGACAACGCAGCGUGACCGGCAACAGCACGAGUCAGUGUCACAAUCAAAGUGUUCGCUGCCGCAGGACUGAAGCUCUGUGAUGUCGUCUCAUCCACUUGAUAGGAAAACAUUUUACUCUCUAUUCAGCCAUCGUUCUCCGUCUAUGGGCUGUUACGCUUAGCUGAAUAUAUUUUGUAGCUCUAUAUCAAAACCUAUACAUAGUUAUUAUGUAUACAUGUAUGUUUUCAACAUGGGAACUACUCGCUAAAUGUGCGUACGUGUAUUUGUGAUGACCGUAUCGGUGGUUUGCACAAUGUAACCGAUAUGCACUGAAAGGCUGUACGUGGUCUCACGGUUGUAUUCUUGCUGAUGGCGACGUGACAGAGAUGAGAGCCUGCGGAUUGAACAGACAUCCUCUCCCACCUCCAUAGUGUUUUGAUCCUUCUUAAUUUAUCCACAGCAUUUAACCACACUAUUGUAAACUCAGAGAAUGUGGCACGUGUGAUUCUGGUCUGUUGACACGGCAGCAAGGAUGCGUAAUAAUAAGUGGGUACUUUUUUUUUUUUUACUUUAACUUUUGUUUAUUGCAAAAGCUUUUAAUUUCCAAGAACACUUACUCUAAAUAAUCUAUUGUUGAUACUGUGGUGAGAAGUGAUGUGUUGUGUUUGAGGUGCAUAUCGUCCGUUGUCGUGUUUGACAGUAUUUGUGUUUGGAUGUGAGUGUGUGUACAGAGUUAAGAGUGGAAUAUCGGAGCUUUUCCUGCAAGAAAGUCUUCUCUUUUUAGUGCACACAGAUUCUGAACUAACAGCCACUGUAUUUACGGCUGUAACUCUAUUUCCACUUUACAGCCUGCCAAGGGCUGUGGAGUGGCAUCACUUUAUUGCAAAAAUGUUGACAAUAUAAGAAGUUUUUUCCACAAACCAACUGAGAGUUCCCCCGUAGCAACACUAAUAUAACAUUGUCCGACACCUUGAUUGAAUACACAGACUCACUUUACGCUCAGAUGCAUCGACAGAUUAUCAUUUCCAGUUGAGUAUUUGUUGUGUCCAUCCCAGGCACAGUGUGGCCCGCAUUCCAGACAGUAGCGUGAUUUGGGUGUCAAACUCUUCUGAGUGUUUGCCGUCCAACUGUGAUAUCUAACCCAUAGCUGUCUCCUCCAGUUGAGAGUAACUGUUACUGAGCCUCGCUGAUUUCGUAACAUUCAUGAGGUGUGUGGUGUUUUCAGAGAUGCUGUGUCAGUAUUUUCCCCCUGUACUACCUUACUCUUUACUGCUGUUGAGUUGUAACGGUCAGCGUCAGUGUCGGCAAUGAUGACGAGCAAUAGUUUUGCAAAAAGGAUCAGUGAGAGUACAAUCCUCCCAAACACGACACAUGCCGGCUGUUGUGAUGUAAUCAGAUGUUGUUUCUCCCGCCAACUUCCAGAAAUGAUGUACAGGCUGAAAUGUCUUUAAAGGGUUUAAUGGUUCAUGGAGGAUAAAACAUCUGACCCAAGUACCAGCUAAAUAAUGCUUCUGCGCUUAAACACAAUGUAAAAUAAGAAGAAAAAAUGUGUUCUCUGCACUAAAAGCAGUAGCUAUCAAUGUAAGCAAGUGUAUCCGGUUGCCUUUGCUUACAUGUCGAUGUCAUCUCUAAAAUGCAUUUAUUGUGUUAUCCAAAUGUGUGCAGUAGAUACUGUAUCGGCAUUAACAGUAGGUGACUAGCCAGCGCUUUGUGUCAUGUCAUGGUCAAGAUGAGAUUUUAUAGGAAACAAAUUGCUCCUUUUGUGAGGUCGGUGUCCCCUUUUUAUGGCUAUAAUCCAUAGUAAAUAACCGGUCUGUGUUGUUGAACAUAUUCUGUAUGUAUUAAAGAGAAAACAUGAAGCUGCGAUUCGUGUUAAUAUCCAACGUUCCAUAUUUUAAGUGCACAGCUGAUUGCACAUUUAUGUAUGAAGCAGUUUAUGUUGUAUGUAUGUAUGCAAAAAUAAAUGUAAGUUUACCCUGAA